GCAACUAUUACUGCGCCAUAUGCCACGGUGACUUAGCAGGGUCUGUGUUUUGGACGCCGGCGAUAUCCUGUCCGACACUGACCAAAGAACACCAGGACGCCCUCAAUAUCACUGAUACCUUCAUUGAAGAGAACUUACUGCAGAACCCUGCUGGAGAGUGGGGAUUGCAGUUAAUGGACGAAAACAACGGAACGUUUCAUGCGUGCGUAAUUUCCCUACAUUCGGGCAAUAACGACAAAGAACAUUUGAUGCGGAACUGUCAACCCAAGAUUUCCAGCUGUGCGGCUAACUGGACCAACCUAGAACUCGCCCUAAUGUGCACCGCGUACAGUGCCUACAUGUAUCACGGCAGAAUCAGGUACCGCAACGCGCACUGCGCCCUGUGCAACUAUGUACCACAACAGUACAUUACGUACUGGCCGGUCACCAACAAUUUUGCUGAGGGAAGGCGUCCUCGCAUGCAUUCAUCAGUCUUUCUUCUCGACAUCACCACCCGGUCGGGCAUGAACGCAGUGGGAGCAGCCAGGGUCUGUACCGGCACCCGACUCUGGGACCCCUUCUUCAAGAUCUGCAGGGAAGUCUCAGUUUCCUCUGGCGUCGCCAACGGCACCGGCUCCCAGACCUGCCCCAAGGUUACCGUAAACGAGUACCAGUUUCAGGUCAGCGACAAAGACGUCGCGUACGUGCCGGCGUAUGACCUGUUCUUGGAUCGCGGCUAUUACGAGCUCAGUGACGGACAGCUAACCUUUUGUGACCCGGGUUUCCAACUUAAAAGCUUCCAAACCGCCUUUUCUUACGCCUUGGUGGCAUGUCGUACAGCGUCCGUGUUGUGCCUCCUGCUGCAUCUGGCGGCGUUCUGUGCCGUGCCCGAAACACGGAACCUGCCCGGAAAAUGUGUGACGUCCUUGUGCGUCUGCCUGCUCAUCGGCUACCUCUGCUCCAUGGCGGCAUUGUGGCAGGAUUACGGCACCGACGGCUGUGUUCUGCUGGCCAUUGUUGCUUUCAGCGCCUUCGCAGCAGCGCUAUUCUGGGUCAAUGUUAUGGCGAUCGACGUCUUCAACACCCUCAGGAAAACGAGCAGCGAGCUGACCGUCUCCAGGGGCUCUCAUUUGAAGCGGUUCAUCCUCUACACGCUGUACGUGUGCGCUGCCAGCGCGACGCUGGUGACGGUCGCUGUGCUGGCUGACGGGUCACACAGCGUGCCGUACAGCCUCUGGGCUCGCUUCGGCCGAGAGAUCUGCUGGCUGAACAACCGCGGAGCGGUCCUGGCGUUCGUCUUCGCACCAGUGUUUCUCGUCAUGACGACGAACGUGGUGCUGUUCGUCGCCAGCGCCUGCAUGAUCUCUCAGAUGUCGUCUUCUACGGCUCGUCCGGCCAGCAGGCAGCCACAGACGCACCUGGGCCUCUACUGCCGGCUGGCGGUGCUCAUGGGGCUGACCUGGACCGUUGAUAUCACAUCUCAAAUCAUGAAAAUCGCAGAACUGACCUACGUCACCAGCCUGCUACACGCCCUACGAGGAGUCUUUAUCUUUCUCGGGUUCACCCUGAACCGAAGAGUAAAGGCAUGGCUGCUGCACCUUGUAUCGGACGGCAUUGCCGCCGUCCGCACUACUAUCUUCUCCUCCAUAAACUCACCCGAGGGUGGUGCCAAUAGCCGGUAGAUCCGGUAGAGCGGCUGGACACGGUGGAACUAGUGGACCCGAUGGAGCUGGUGAAGAAGACAGCCUGUGGAACCGGUGCAGCUGACAGCCGGUUAAGUG